UGGUGGACUUUUACGCGCUGUUGGCAUUUUUUGUAACCGCAGUAGAAUCGGGAACAUACUAUUAUCCUCCACUUGACCGAAACAGUUAUAGUUACAGUGAUAUCUCCUCUCUGAGUGAAAAAGAUUACGACGACCUUGGAAACAGUUUAGAGGAUAGUUUGGGACCUUCGGCGUACUCUCGAUAUCAAAGCGACUCAGUAGGCAAUGAGUUGACGGAUAAAAGGCGAUAUUUUGACAGUUAUAAUUUGGAGAGUGAUUAUUAUAGCAAUGUUUACGACGAAGCUCCAGUGUUGCCGAAAGCGGCGGAACAGUGCAAGCCAGAAACCAGAAGUGGUGGUCAGGUGACUGUUAUAGACCCACAUCUAACCCAGCAAUCAGUAACGAUCAAGUGGCAAUUAUCACCGGUAUAUCUCUUUAAUCGAAAUAUCCGGUACGAAUUCAGUUGCGGUCCGUUCCGGAGAUCAUAGCGUUGGCAGACGAAGUCCGACAGAAGUGCUGUUCAGUCGUUUCGUAGAUUUUACUCGACGCAGACUGAACAUGAGUAGUGGCUUCACGGUGUUGCAGGCUGGUGCCUCCGUAGUUUCCUUACUGUUAAUUAGUAGUGCAAUCACACAUGUUCUGGGUGCCAAACUUAACGAUGACAUAAAUCGGAAUUAUUAUACCUCUGCGGAAAUAGAUCCGUACGAUGACUACAAGCAUAGUGACUAUAGUCAGACCUACAAUAGAGGAGAAUCGGAACUAUACGAUGUUAUUCCUGUGGAUGAGCACCUCGACUACAGUAGCUACCAGCACGACAAGACAAGCGAGUUUCCAGUUGUGUCGUACAAUCCUAAGCCGAAGGUGAGUUUUGAAGUCAAAAAGGAGACCAAGAAGGUGUUGGUUGAUAAAAGCGUCACCCAGACGACGGCUUCGAUCGCCACCUCUCUCAAGGUGCUUAUCAUUAUGCUGGCCAUCCUUGCCCCCGCUAUGAUGCUGCACUUCUUCGUCGUUCCGGCAAAGAUGCUUUUGGGAAUGGCAUUCAUCGGACUUAUGACCAAACUAACCCUCGGGCUGCUUCUGUACGGCUUCAUGAAGAAGAAGCACCACGGUGGAUUCAAGGGCAAAACCGCAUCACUAAGGUCGGUUCCGCACGGUGCCCUGCUUCAGUUCCUCCGGGAUGGCGGAAUCGACCAAUUGACGUCGGAAGAAGUAGAUGCCAUUAUAGAUUUAGCGGUCAAGAAGAAUAAUAAGUGGUGAUGUAUAUAGUAUGUUAGGGGUUUUAUUCCAUCAAAGAAAGCCAUGUUUUUGUAGUGCAAAUUGGUGACAGUUGUGAAGAGUGCGGAACCAUUAUUGUUUUCCUUACGGUUAAUGUGAAUUCUUGUUAAAAAUAAUGAAAAAAUAGUUGACUGAUUCCACAGCAGCAACAUUCUAUUACGUUAAUGCAGAGAAAAAAACGUUACUGCAAUCAAGCUUUACAGUAGCUCAUGGAGGAAAAACUUGUAAAACAAAUGCACUUCUCUGUUCGAUCUGCGGAAGUUAACCGAUAAUCAGUGGUAGUCUAAAAUUACACAACUCAAUCCAGUAAAGCAUCUGGUCCAUCUGAUAGUGUUACUAGCGGCCAGCUGGAUCGCAAUAAUUUCGUGUGUACCGUAAAAUCGAACUGGAUUUUUUAGAGGCGUUGUUCAUCGGAUGAGUUGAAACAAUGUGCGUUUAAAAAACGAUAAACAUUUCCGUUACCUCAAUCAAACCUUUGAUAAUUCUCGGUGAUAUGGAAUGUUGUUUCGUGAAUGACUUACAAAUAUCAACAAUGUGAGAAGGAAGAAUUAUCAAAUUAAAAGCUUCAAUAAACCUGCCACAAGCAAUUUAGUUUGAAAGUCUCAUGGAAGACGAUAUACAUAAACAACCGGAAAAGCCGGGUUUGGCUAGAAUUCUACGUUCAA